GUUACGCGUCUGAAUAGAGCGCCCGAUAUGACAUCGAAAAUAUGGCAGCCUUCUCAGCUCACCGAAACAUUUCAUUAUCCAGCAUCACAAUUAGUAGUGAAUCAAUAGUGAAAAUAAAUUGAAUUAAUUGGAACUCUUUGGUUGUUUCAAUGAAAUAAAAAUGGCAGAAAAUGGACGUAGUAGAUCGCGAACCGGGGCAGUUUCAUCAUCGUCUGCAAGGUUCGGACAAAUUAGCAAUGUACCACAGUCUCAGCGGAGUGACACUGGAACGAGACGCCCAGUCACAGGGCUAGGGGAGGACAACAAUUCGUUGUCCCGCUUGUCAACCGACGGUAUGUUGAGAAUGCAGUCAGAUUCGAGGAAUUCCGUUAGAAGCUUGAGUAUGGCGAAUGAAAGUAUGCAAAGCCUGUUGUCUGAUAUAAAAGAUGUCUAUACAGAGCGACUAAGGAAGUUGGAAGGCUCAGCAGAGCUAGGCGAUGAUACAAGCAGGAAAAAAGUUCGCAUACUACAAUCGUACGUGAGUGAUCUCUCAGAGCAGAAUGAUAUCUUGGUGAAGACGGUGGAAGAACUGGAAAAGGAGGCCAAUGAUAGAGUCAUCAUUUUAGAAACAAGACUGCUUCAAAACCAAAAGGAAACGGCAUGCAGGCAGAGAAGCAUGGAGCAUGAAGUUAAAGCCCUUGCUAUUGAGAAAUCAUCAGCUUUCCAGACCCUGGAUGAUUUACGUCAUCGCUAUGACCGUGUAACUGAAGAUACAGCUGGCUUGAGAGAUGAAAACAAUGACCUCCGACAUGACCUCAAUGUUCUCAUUGGGGUCAUCACCCAGGCCAGAGCUACAGGAAAAUGGGAGUUUUCUUCACUUGACUUACGAGUGGUUCAAGAAGAGCAGGUCCUUGGCCCUGUAUCACUCCGAGAUAGCAUCAAGUCUUCAGAGCAGAUCUUACAAGGUCAUAUUGGAGACUUGAAGACACAGCUUGCUAAACGUGAUGUGAUGAUCGGUGAACUUCAAGAACAACUUAAAGACAUGAGAGAAGAACAGAAGACUGCCAUUGAUCAAUUGGCAAGACGAGACGUAGUGCUUGGAUCAACACAGUCCAGUCUAGCCAGCAUGCAUGACCGUGAGCAACAGAGGAUGGUCAGUGAAACGGACAAGGACAUUACUAUCAUGAAGCUAAAGACAGAGCUAAGGCAGUCUGAACAGGGCCUUGCUGAUGAGAUGGAAAUGAGGAAGGACCAGGAGAAGUCCAAUGAACAGCUUCAAGCAACAAUUCAAGAGAUAGAGAGAGAAAUGAGCCUGCUCGAAUCAGAAAAAUCUAACCAUCUUCAGACCAUCACAAUGUUGAACACAAAACAAAGGGAAUCUAACAUGGAGCUAGAACAAGUUAAAAGGGAGCUGGAACAAAAGCAGUAUGCAACACAAGACAACCACCAGAUUUUGAAGGCUGAGGUGAUUAGGAGAGAUGAUACGAUUCAGAAACUCCGCUCAGAUGUGCUCAAGCUGCAAGAAAGAUAUGAAAACUCUAUUGCUGAGACUGAGAGACAAGAGAGGAAAGUCAGGAGAUUGGAAGAUCAGAUGCAGCUAAAAAUAGAAGAGUUGAAGCAGCGAGACAGCAAGAUAGAGCUUCUGACGACAGAGCUAACGUCUAGCAGACAGGAGAAUACCCAGAUUGGAAUGUCUGUCAAGGACUUUGAGAAUGAGCUUCAACUCAGUCGUCAGAAGUAUACCAAUCUUGGAGCAGAGACGGAGAACUUGAAGGCGGCCUUAGAGAUGUCUAGAUCAUCCUCUAGAGAUGCCAAGGAUGCACUCUCUGCCGAGGUUGCUGAAAGGCAUGAUGCAAUUCUCAAACUGAAGAGUGACCUGUCAGAGUUAGAGGUCACACACAGGGAUAGCAUGAUCCAAAUGCAGCAUAGGGGUGAAGUCAUCACACAGCUGAGGGAUGAGGUGGAGAGAUUAAAGUCACUGUUGGAAGAAAGUCGACAUAAAGUGAAGAGAGCAAAUGAGAAGAUUAAAACACAAGAACAGCAGAGAAACAAUCUCCAAGAAAUGGUGAACAGACUGAAUGAAGAACAUGAUUCAGAGCAUAGUGAGAUUGUCCGUAACCAGGCAGACCUCAGUGACUAUCAGCAAAAGCUUCAGGGACUGCAAACUGAAUUAGUCACACUCAGAGAUAGACUCUCAGAGAGUCAGUCUCAGGUAUCCUAUAGAGAAGAAUCUAUUGACAAAUUACAGAAGCAGCACAGAGGUGCAUCAGAUUUGAUGUCAAAGAAAGAAACAGCACUGCAGAAACUUGAGGUACAGCUCUUGACUGCCAGAGAAGAGAAAAGGAGAUCACAAGAAGAGCUUGCACGGAAAGAGACCUCCCUUUCCCAGCUUGAGACAGACCUGAAUACAACCAGACAACAAUACAAGGAUGCUGUGGAGGAGAAUGGAAGACUAGCUGCACGCAUCCAAGCCAUGCACAUCACAUCACAGAGUGAACAUGAGGUCCUCUCUAAUGAGGCAUCCAAGAAAGAUGAAGAAAUCCAAAGAUCCAAGUCUGAACAAGCUGCUCUUUAUGAACAGCUACAUAGAACUGAAGAAAGGCUAUCAUCACAGGAGCUGUCCCUGGAGCAGAUGAGACACAAACUACAGACCACUACAUCAGAAUUGAAGAUGAAAGAUGACACUAUUGAGAGUCUAGAGAGAGAACUGCAAGAUGCUAAGUCAAUGCACAGCACAGUCAGGGAAGAGGUUGAGAGACUGGAGAAUACUUUGCAUGAAAUCAACUGUGAUUACCAGUCCCUCCAGAAUAAAGAAGAAUCUCUCACACAAACUAUAAGGCUGAAGGAUGACCUGAUUUCUGAACUCAAGAACGACACAGAGACCAUGCAUCAACAACACAGAGAUCUCUUAUCAAAGAUGUCUGAACGAGACAACUCCAUCCAGAGACUGAAUUCAGAGAACACCAAGUUUAAAUCCAAGCAUCAGAGCAAGACAUCUGAGAUCCAGCGUCAGUCUGAUAUGAUGAAGAAGCUUGAGGACUCUCUCACCAAGUCUCAGCUGGACAUGGAGAACAUAAGGAGGAAACAUCAAGAAGAGGCAACAAGACAGGUGGAAGAGAUAGCUCAUCUUCAAAGAGAACUCACAGAAGCUCAGCAACAGUAUACAUCAUGCUGUGAAGAGUUGAUGAAAGCUGAAAACCUGUUGGAACUCACCAAGUCCGAUGCUGCACGUCUGAGCAUGCAAGGAAGACACGAUGCUGAUGAGCUCCUGAAGCUUGCUGAGAGGGUCCAACGACAGGAGCUGGAUCUAUCUGUUACCCUGGAGAAACAUCGGACCUGUCAGACAGAGCUAGCCUCCAGGGAUCAGAGUCUCCUAAGGCUACAGUCAGAGCUGGAUACAGUGCAGCAACAGUAUCAAGGCGGUAUGGAAGAGAAUAAAUCACUGCAAGAGGAAGUCCAUGAGCAACAAGCAAAGGUCAAAAGUCUUCAGAAUGAGUGUCGUGAUCUCAAGGAUCAGAUUGAGGAGAAAGAGAGAAAGCUGACUUCAGACAGCAAGCAUAUCAUCCAGCUGGAAGAAGAGAGAGAUUUAGGCCGAAAAGAUAGCUUCUCACACCAAGCCAAGAUCCAGGAGCUAGAGUCUUCUAAGAAGCUCCAGCAGCAGCAGUAUGAGGAAGAGAUCCGUAGCUCCAACACAGAGCUAGGACGUCUCCGCAGGGACCUGGAGGAGUCAGAAGGCAAGGCUGGAGAGGGAGACAAACUGGUAGUCCAGUAUAAACAUACUGUGGAAGGUCUGAAGGAGGAUCUAGUCAGGACUCAACAGCUUCACAAGUCAGCCAUGGAUCAGGUUGCCCAGUGUAACAGAUCUGCAGAGAAGCAGGAAGAGAUCUUAGCCAAUGUGCGGCAGGAGCUUGCUGGGCACCAGGAUCAGCUCCAGCAGAUAGAGUACUCUAGACAGGACCUCCAGGCGGAGCUAGCUAACUACAAGGAGAGACACUCCAGUCUGGUGGCUCAGCUUCAGAAGGUGGAGAAUAACUCAGCCAUAGCCUCACAGAAGAUGGAGCAGCAGAACAAUGAGCUCAAUUAUAAGCUGAAGGAGCGAGAGGAGGGCAGUGAGAAACUGAAGAAAGAUAUCUCAAACUUGGAGCAACAGCUGAGAGAGAGCCAGACUGAGAAGCAUAAGAGUGAGAUGGUGAUUGAUUCAUUGACAGAGGAACUCAAGAGAGUGCAAACUGAUUUCAGAAGCACUAAGGAGAAACUAGGAAUGACUGAAGAGGGGCUGGAGACUAUUAAGGCUAGACUGAAUGAGAAGCAGCAAGAGCUGAAGAGAUAUGAGGAUCAUUCGAAGAGAGUAGAAAGUGAAUUUCAAGCAUACCAGGACACACAUAGACACACUUCACAACAGGUCCUAGAGAUUGAUGAGAACUCCAAACACCUGGAACGUAAACUCCAUCAGUCUGAGGACCGCAUCAACUCCAAGGAAGAUGAGGUCAGUGAACUUCAAGCUAAGAUCGAUGACCUUGGUUCAGAGCUUGGUACGGUGAAGGAUCAGAGGAAUGGACUGGAGAAGGAGUAUGAGAGUCUGCAGCAGAACCUUAGACAGGCUCAGACUACUCUGGUAGAUGCCACUCAGAAACAUCAACAAGAUGAGUCCAAACUAGAGGAGUUCACUCACAAACUGGAGCAGGAGCUGAAGGAGGCUAAGAAAGCUAUCAAGACGCUCCAGGAGGAUCUCAAGAGAAAGAAGGAGACAGUGAAGAAGUCAGAAAAUGAGCUGCAUUCCAACAGAGAGACUGUCAAGAGAAGGAGUCAAGAGUUGGAUGAUCUUCAGAAGAGACUGCGUAUUCUCAGUGAGGAGAUUAAGAAGGUUGAAGCUGCCAACAUGAGACUUGAGAAAGAAAAAGCUCAGCUGAUUGGAGAACAUACUUCACUCAAAGAUGAGCUAGGAGAUACAAGAGAGAACUACAAGGACUGUGCUCAGGAGUUGGCUCACCAUGAGGAGAAACUAAUGAUCAUGGAGAGUAGCCUUCAGUCUACCCAGGAGCAGCUAAGUGGACGUGUGACUGAGGUAGUACGUUAUGAACAGCUCACCAGACGUCUUCAAUCUGAGCUGAGAUCCGUUCAGGACCGGUGUGGGAUGAUGGAAGAUGAGGCUGUAGAGCAGAGGACAAUGGCUGAAAGAUUGAGGAAAGAAUUGAACCAAGCCAUGGAAGAGAUAGAAGAUAUCCAGAGAGAUCUCAUGAAACAAACAGGAGCUAAUCAACAAUUUGAAUCUCAGCUCAUUGAUUCUAAUGAAAACAACAAGCGUCUUCAAACAGAGUUGAUCCAGAAGGAGAAUGCACUGAGGAGUAAACAGGAGGAGCUGGAGGUGGAGCAGCAGCGUUAUGAUGAUACCUCCAGGCAGUUCCAGGAGACCAGGAUCAACUUUGAUCAGAUGGAGGAGGAGCUAGGAGAGAUGAAGAGGAGACACAAGGAGAUGGACACAAUGAUCAGUGAGAAGGACCAGCACACUCUGAACCUAGAAGGUGAUAUCAGCUCCCUUCAAGCCAAGCACCACACAGCUAAAGAUCAGCUAGCUAAUCAGGAGAGUCAGCUCAGAGUGUGUCAGGCUAAUCUAGAGAUGGCUGAGAAACAGAACAGACACUAUUCAGGUGAGGUAGCUCGUUACGAGGAGACCAUCGCUCAGCUUCAGACAGACCUGGACCAAGCCAAGGACCAAAUACAGACAUACCAGGAAGAGUUGGCGUUGAGUCAGGGUCAGUUGCAAGUUGUGAGACAUCAGCUGAUGGAUGUCAAAGGUCAACAUGAGGAAGCGAUGGAUCAGCUUGGUGAGAGAGCUACACUGGCUGCUAAGUUACAAUCAGAGCUUACCAAGGCAGAUCAACAGAAUCAUUCAUUCUCAAAGGAGGUUGAGGUUUAUGAGGACCGAAUGCGCAAGCUGCGUUCUGAGCUUCAGAAGGUACAGGAGCUGAACCGACAGAGUGAAGAGGAGCUACACAAGUAUGAGAGCCGCUACCAGGAACUGAGUGCUAAGCACACCCAGGCUAAUGACAAGCAUAGGGCUAGUCUGCAGGAGAUUGCUAUGAGAGAGGAACAGAUUGUGGUGCUUAAGGUGGAGUUAGCCUCCAUGCAGGAGAAGUUUAGACAUCGUAAAGAAGAAAUGGACAGGAUUCAGCGAGGGUUAUCAGACGCACAACAUAAAUGCCAGGAGGCCAAGCUUGAGAAUGAGCAGCUGAGAACAUCCCUUCAUGAGGCUAGGAAGAAUGGAGAUCGGCUUCAUAAGGAGAGUGAACAUGUAGUCUCUAAUGUCAAUACAUGGGUACAAGAACAGAAACAAGCCAAUGAGAAACUUGGACUGAAGAUCAAGGAGCAGAACCAAACUAUUAGGAACCUCACAUUAGAAAAAGAACACGUAACAGAGAGCCUAAGCUCUGUGCAGGAGAUGGUGAAUCGUCUCAGACUGGAGAAUGAAGAGAUGAAGAUAGCUACAGAGAGGAUGAAAGCUUUACAGAGUCAGUCUGUUCAUCAACAAGUCUUACUGCAGCAACUCAAAGCAAGGCUAGAGGAUAAUGAAAGUACUCAAGAAGAAGAGCUUUGUGAUAAGAUGGGUACGAUCGAGGAUCUCCAUGGAAGACUGAAAGCAAACGUUGAUUCUAUCCAGCAGUUAAACCAGCAGCUAAACUCCCUCAAUAGAGAGAAUAUCAGACAAAGAGCAGAGCUAGAGAGGGAGAGAGCAGCUAGACAACGUCUUGAUAUGAAGCUAGAUGGGAGGGAUCAAACUAUCACUAGUCUACAUGCACAGAUGGAGUCAUCUCAUUCUUACCCUCAAUACCAACAUGCAGCACUACCUAGCGGUACACCAUCAUCACGUAAGAUGACAGAGAGUCAUUCAGAAUCAAUCGGUCUGUCGGAUUCCGCUUAUGCCUCCACUCUAGCUCUAGAGAGAGGUGGAAGUGGAUUAUAAAAACCCUUCUUGUGAUGCCAGAUCUGCACUUCUACUCCCUCACACAAGCCUCACCUGUAUGUGAUGAUCUUUGAAGUCUAGUAGAUGGUGAAGUGAACAUAAUGACAGAACAUCCAAUCUGUAUUGAUCAUUAGGGAACCUGUUCAGCUGUUGUAUUUCUUCUCUUUCAAAUAGUAUUUUGUUGAUGAUACAGAUAUAUUCAAUGUUACACAAGUAUAUUUCUGAUUGCCUUAAUAUUAUUGUAAUGGAUAAGGAUUAUUUAAUUGGUCAUUUACCUUGCCAGUUUGUAAAGAAACUUGGAUUUCUCAUCAUACUCUACCUGAUGGCGUUAUAAGAUGGAGUGAGGAAAUUGGGUUAAGUUUUAAAUUGUAAAGAUUUAGCCAGAAACCUUGAUUGAUUAAUUUGAUAAUGGUUAUUGGUUUGUAGCUCUGACGCAUGAUUUGGGUUGGAUUUGAAAUUCAUAGCAGAGUAAGAUAUUAACAAGCAUUGAGAAAUUAUCAAAUGAAUAUCUGUACCUUCCCAAUUAGAAUUGAUGUUGGAAAAGCUACUGAAUGCAAAAUUCUAGAUCAAAAUGAAUUAUGAUUCACAUUAAAUGUCUUUGAGCCAAACUGAUGAACUUUCAGAA